CAACUGUCGCUCACCAGGCUCACAGCCGAAGCUUUGGGAGGGGCACACUGUUGAACUGCGGCAGGGUUUCGAUCGAGCUGGGUGGUCACUUGCUUUUGUUGGGGGGGGAAUUUGUUCUGGGGAAAGGAUGCACCUGCCGGACGCCGUCAUCAAGAAUGUCGCUGACCGGUUGGUGCAGCAGCCAGACAGCCAGGCUGUCCUGGUGUCGCUCAUGUCCAUGUGCGGCGUGUGCAAGCAGUGGCGGGAUGUAGCGCGUCAUCUUGAGGAAGGCGUCCUGCACUUCGACGCCCUGCGAGCCUGCGGCAGGAACAGGGUGGGCCGGCCCCUGACGCCUGCCGAGCUCACGUUCCGGAAGUCCAGCACGGCCGCCAAGAAGGCCUUCUUCCAGUCCGCCGCGCGCCUGCUCACCGGCUACACGGAGGUCGUUCUGGCCGGCGAGGGUAUCACGGAUGUCACGCUGCUGGAGGCCGCCAGAGCUGCCGGAGACAAGCUGGUAUCCAUCGAGGUCAAGGACACUUCCACCGUCACGGACGCUGGCUUCGCGAGCCUGGCCCUGUUCACCCCCCGCCUCGUGCGCCUGCGGCUGACCAACCUGCCCCGCGUCCGAGGGGGCUUCAUCGCCGGCCUGCUGGAGCGCUGCCCUCGCCUGGAAGUGCUGCACCUGGAGAAUCUGCCUAGCUGCUGGGAGGGCCAGGGCUUCAGCAGCCCCAGCGUCAGCAGGGCCAAGGCCCUGCGCACCCUGAGCAUUCUGGGCUGCAAGGUUGACAUGAGCGCUGCCGCUCUGCUGGCCAAGGUGUCCGAGCUGCGCUCCUUCACCUACGACGGGCCUCCCAGCCUGAUGCGCGUUGCCACCACUUUUUGCCCAAAGCUGGAGGAGGUGAGCUACACCUCGUCCUGCCCGGAGGCGGUCAACGAGACGGUGCGGUGCCUGCUGGCCGCACGCAACCUGCGCACGCUGGAGAUGACGCCGCGCAACAUGGCGCUGCAGCCGGAGCAGCUGCACGCGCUGGGCAUGCUGCCGCUGACGGAGCUGCGCCUCAACUCCUUCAUGUACAACCAGCAGCCCGCCAUCAACCGCGCCAGCCAGAGCCACCUCGACAACGAGGGCGUCCGCGCGCUCGUCGACUCCAUCUGCCACCGCGGAUGCUUGAUGACAGGCGCAUUUGCGAAGCCGUUCCGGCUGUCGCUGUGCGGCGCGACGGCGCUGACGCACGACGCGGUGAGCGCUCUGCUGCGGCUGCCGCUGCUGAGCGAGCUCAAGAUCGACGGCUGCUUCCGCAUCAACUCCAUGGACAAGAUGCGCCUCGUCGCCAAGGUCAAGGCCGGCGCCAGCCUCGGUGCCUCCACUGUGCUCUGCGGCCGCUCUGCCGCCGAAUCCGCCCAGGACCAGCGCGCCUUCGCCUCCCACCUGCACCGCAUGCUGCGCUCCAUCGCCUGAUGUUGCAGCGCAGAUCAUCACCCCACAGCCACGCACCACCCCUGCUCAGAGAUCUAGACGAUCAUCAUCGUGUGCCAAGACACACAGAAUGCCAAGAGAGAGAGAAAGAAGCACUGUAGACUGCAUGCAGCAUGGAGUCGGACAGCAGAGCUCGCCCAGAGGCUGUCCUCUGGGAGGCUUGCUUGGAUCUUCUGCCAUCAUGGGCAGGUAAUAACGUAGAUAGAGGCACUGGAUACUUGAUAUUGAGAAGGGCGUUGCAGUCUGCCACAGCACCACUGGGAGGAUGGCAUGAUGACACAUGGUUUGCAUGCAUGUACCGGCUGAUGUUUGAGCCUCUGCCAAUGCAUGCGGGAGGCGGAUCAGCCUAGCCAACUAGACGAGGCUGGUGUGACAUAGCGAUUCACGCGCAGCCUCGAUCAGGUGGCAGGAACAGAUAGACGUCAGUUUUGAGCCCUUGUCGCUUUGUACAUGAGGCCGUCAACUUUGGCCGAGGAGCAGACAGGGCGUUUCCACACUUUUCCGUCCGGUCACUUUUAUUGGAAUUCGACGUGCCCACUUCUGUUUGCUGGAGGCGUCCUCUACCCUCAGCGGGUGUGGGUGUCUUCAAUUUGCAGGAUCUGGGUUUGUCAUCUACAGUUGGUUGACUUUUAUACUUGGGCUGGUUUCUUGAUGUUGAGGGCCAGAGCUGGGCUCUCAAGCCUGCUCGCCAGACAUGGUCAUAUCCUGAGGCCCGCACGCAAGCCAGGCAUUUGUUUGUACUGUCCAACAAUUUAUUUGAUGUACAGCAGCCGCCUCACCCGAGGGGGCCAACAUGCCCUUUUGUGUUGCUCUAAUAAUGCUAAGUACCAACAGAUUAUACAGGGAAGUGUUUUGUGUAUGUCAAUGGAAAUGUGAUAGGGGUACGCUGCUUACUGCAGCUGCAACCUUUCAAUAGUACUUGGAGGAGGCAGUGUUGCUUACGGAUCAGGCAUGGGCAUCUGGGCACAAAUGCCGUGACUGCUUUGGAAGUGUUGUUGACAUCACUUUAGGUCAGGCGAGUGAUCAACACCAUGUCAGUGACCCCUAGCGGCAAUCCCUACGUGGCAUCUUACAAGUUGCCACAGCAAAAGGCAGUGCCCAGCUCUGUGCGGUAGAGUUUGCUGUGUAAGGUGACAGAUAUAUAUGA